GCUGCAAGUUGCAGAUGACGCCGCCAUCGUAAGCCUCGGCUAUCCACGAGCUUGCGACAACCCGAAGCAAGAAGCUCCUCGCAGCUUGCAGCUGAUCUGCAAGAUCCAUGGCAAACUCACGUGGGUCCUCUUCCAGAGAUGUUUGUUCCUGCCCGUCGUGCGCCGUCUCGGCUCUGCCGGGGCUGCAAGUCAAGCGUUCAACUCGAGCGGAAGGGAUGAGGGGCCCAUCGGCUUGUCCAUAGUUGCAGUUGCCAAUGAUGAUGCGCAGAUUGCUGCUGUAGGUAUAGUUGUGAUAGACCUGGCGGCGGCAUUGCUUCUGGUUGUCGGCCUGGAGCUGCUGCGCCAACAGGUGGCGGAGGCUGCUUGGGGCAUCCGACCCAAAGCCUUCGACAGCUGCACAGAGAUCCGAGUCGAGUGUGAAAGCGGAGACUUUGUUGAGUAUUUGCGGCCCUUCAGUACGCCCGUCAGAACUAGGCGGGCCUUGCAGCCCUCUGAUGCCACAUCCUGCCACUCCAAGCUAGGAACUUGGCAGCCAAUGCCCCUUGACUCGAAGACCAAUUCCAGCAUAGGUACGUGCAGCUCCGGGACUUGCAUGGGAGAGUACUGUGCUAGAUCGUUCCUGUACACUAUACGAUGCUACAGCACGGUGUGGGGUACAGUGUUUUGCUUUGCUGGGUGGGUGGCCCACGGUGAUGGCUGGAGUCUGCCCCCUGCUUUUGCUGUGCCGGGGGAUUGGAGGGCUCUUCUGAGUAGGAAUCUGGCAGUUGAUCUCAGCGGCUACGUGGAGAAGUCUGAGCUGGUGGAUGCCGCAGUCAGACGCCUUGACAGCGACGGGAAGGCGAAGCUUCAGCUCUUCAGCUACUGCCGGAUCUGCUGCAAUUGGUGCUUGGACGACGAUGUUUGGCCACUCACCUGUGGCCACCUCGCGUGCUUCCAGUGCUUGGGCAUGUACCUUGAGAGCCAGAUCCAGGCCAUGAAGUCUUCAUUGAAGUACAACCUCCCCUGCAUUUACGCGCCUGCUUGCUCCCACGAGAUGAGAUUCCAGGAUGCGGCGUCCAUGAGUGCCGCCCUGCGCAACCUCUGGAAGGAUCUUCAACAGCGGGAGCGCCUCAUCCGCGAUGCCAAGUACGAGGUGCUGGAGUGUCCCCAGCCGGGCUGCGUCGGAGUGGCCUACAAAGAACGGGGCCGGCGAACGGCCAUGUGCUUCAUGUGCGAGCAUACCUGGGAAGCCAACAGCAACGGAACAGAUGAUGAUGGCCAGAAGCCAAACUUUGAUGGAACCCGGGUCCGCAAGUGUCCAAAGUGCCAGGCUCCAAUCGAGAAGAAUGGAGGUUGCAACCACAUGCACUGCACUCGUUGUGGCCGUCACUUCGAUUGGACCGCCAGCCAGUCAGCAGGAGAUCCCAAUGCAGCUCCUGCGGAAGCGCCCUUCGGAAACUUGAAUGCCAACAACCUCUUUGGAGAUGCAGCGGCUGCCUUUGAGCAGUUUUUCCCCAACAUGCACCAUGCUGGUGCCCAUGCAGCCCAUCGCGCCACUCACCAGGCAGCUCAUGCCCAGGCCCAGCAGAGGGCCCGCGAGGCCUCGCAGGCCGGGACUGGAGCAGCAGGGGCCGCAGAGCCAGCGGAUCUUUUCAACCACUUCGGAAACCUCCUGGGCGCAAAUGCGCCGGGCUUCCAACACGUCAUGGGCAAUGUGGCACAGGCUGCCGGCGGCUUCAUGCAGCAUGCUGCGCAGAUGCAUCAGGCUCACGCGGCCCAUGAGGCGGCCCAGCAAGCCCAUCAAAGAACUCAGCAGGCAGCGGCCGAGCAAGCCCACAGAGUCCAUCAAGCUGCUCAUCAGGCCUCUGGCAACAGUACAGCACCUUUCGGCGCCGGGUUCGCUCCAACACACACUUCCAGUGGCGGUACAGGACAGCCCGAGUGUGUACUGAGCUUGCUGGAAGAGCAAGAGAAUCAGCUACGAUGCGCUGCGCUCCAGCGGCUGAACGAGGUGGUGGAUCAGUUCUGGCAUGAGAUUGCCGAUUACUUGAACGACAUUGAGACGCUGUAUGAGGACCCUGCCUUUCCUGGGCGCGAGAUGGCCGCCCUGGUGGCCUCCAAGGUCUUCUACCACUUAGAGGAGUACCGACCUCGGUAUGACGACGCCUUGCGUCUGGCCUUGGGUGCAGGUCAGCUCUUCAACCUCAAUCAGCGGUCGGAGUACGUCGAGAAGAUCGUCGCAGUUGCCAUCGACGAGUAUGUCAAGUUGACCGGAGACAACUUUGAGCUGGAGAUGAAGAAGAAGGACCCGGUGCCCAUCGACGCACGAUUGGAGGACGUCGUGAACCGGAUGUUUGCGCGAUGCAUGGAGGACAAGGCCUAUAAGCAUGGCCUUGGAAUGGCUUUGGAAACGCGGCGUCUCGACAAGGAGGAGGAGGAGGAGGAGGAGGAGGAGGAAGGGGAGCAGGAGGAGGGCGAGGUCACCGAGUUCAUCAAGCAGAGUGAUGCGCUGGCUGAAAUGCUUGAGUAUGCGCAGCUCUCAGCGAUGACGCUGCUCACCUCGAAAGCCUUCCGGGAACGUGUCCUGAAGGCCUUAGUGGAGAUUCACACCUCUGUCCAGGAAGUGAAUCUAGCUGCACUGGCUCAGUGCUACUUCAUCCUGGGGGUCACUAAGACCUUGCGGUCUUUUGCCCGAAAUCCCAAUACUUGGCUCAUCACGACGAUGACGAUGACGGAUGACGACACUACCACCACUAGUGAUGCGGUUGGUGUCGCCAAAAUCUUGAAGGAUUUGCUCGGACGCUCCGAGAAGGAGGGCCGCGCUCUAGCCUACCAGAUUGGCUUUGACAUCGUUGACAACGAAAGCCAGCACUUCUGCAAUGCGGUGCUAUCAUCGCCGCUUCUCAAGCUCAAGGAGCUGUCUGCCGGCAGUCUCAUCGCUUUGCACUUUUAUAUGCUACCGAUGGUACUUUACUACUGUUUUCUGCCGCAUUAUGUGGAGCAUGCUCGUUAA